AUGGCACGCAACUUCAACGCCUACAACUACGUCGACACCCGGAUAGUCUCAUCCUGGCUGCAUGGAAUCCCGUCCGACGCCGGCGGCGGCAGCGAGGCGACCUUGAUCGCCCCGUCGGUGUGCGCGCCGUCCGCGCCCCGACAGCGCAAAGACCAGCCCCGCGCCGCGCCAUCGCCACCGGCCACACCUCGUCGGCCGCGUCCCGCGCCGGAUCUGAGCCCAGAUGCACCCAUCCACGAACCGUCAGCCCCGGAUGCAAGCCCCGUCCGCUCGCCCGUCCGACCGGCACCCCGUCCAAACCCGGACCCAAACGCAGCCUCUUCCCCCAACCGCAACAAAAACAACAACACCUGCCCGCCUCCCGACUCAAUCGCCGAACUCCGCAAGGAAAUCAUCGCCAAUUUCCACGCGCACUGCCCCUUCUGCAACCCUCCUUCCCCAUUCCCCUCUUCCUCCCCCUCCCCGCUCGCCGCCUCCACCCCGAACACAACCACACCCAAUCCCACUCCCAACCCCACCCCCAACCCCCGGAACAACAACAAUCCUAAACCCCCCUGCCCCCGCUGCGCCGCCGCCGAAGCAUACACCAACCGCCCCCACCACCACGCGCGCUUCCUCGCCUCCCACCUCCUGCCCAUCUCGCGCGUACUCUCGUUCGACGAGACGGUGGCCUACCUCAACGAGGCGAUCGCGGCGCGGCUGGCGGGGGUCCUCGCGCGCGGCGGGGGCGGGGACAGCGCGCGGGGCGUGGCGCGGACGUUCCCUACCCUCGACGACUUUGAUGUUGUCCGGGCUGUGGCGGAGGGGCGGAGGCGGGUUUUGGAGGGGGAUUUUGUUGCCGCCGGUGGGGGGGAAGAGGUCAGGUUGGGGGUGGACAGGUUUGGGAUUUUGAGGGAUCGGUUGGCUGGGACUGGGGGGGAGAGGUGA